CGUGUCGUGCGCGGCGGUCGUGUCGCUCCCGCUCGCAGCCCAAUUCACGCGUCGCUUGACAGUUGUGCAAAAUAAUGAACCACAGUGACAGUGUACAGUGGAAAGCUCUAUUUUAACCUUGAAUACCUUCUAUAAACUUAAACUCUGUGUGUGCCAUGCUGAUAAGUACUAGAUAAGUGCUAUGUGGUGCGUGCUGGUGCUAUCUCUGUGGGUGGUGGGCGCGGCGGCGCACUACACCCCGACCUGGGCGGUGCACGUGCCCGGGGGGCCCGCCGCCGCCGACGCCGUGGCCAGGGACCAUGGCUUCGUCAAUCUUGGAGAGAUCUUCGACAACCACUACCACUUCCACCACCACUCGGUGGCCAAGCGGUCGCUGUCGCCGUCGCACGACCACCACGAUCGCCUCGAGGGAGACACGAGGGUGCGCUGGGCGCGACAGCAGAAAGCGCUGUCGCGGAAGAAACGGGACUUUAUAGUCUUCAACACCUCUUCUACAGUCGGGACAUAUGUCCCAUCGCCGUCAUCGGCGACGAAGAGAGAAGCAGGGAAAAAGAGGGAGAUACCAGCCAGAGUGAAGGGUCGGCCGAGAGCUGCCGACUCCAAGUUUCAACUCAACGACCCCAAAUGGCCACACAUGUGGUAUCUAAACCGAGGCGGCGGUCUCGACAUGAACGUGAUACCGGCGUGGCGGGAAGGAAUCACGGGGCGCGGCGUCGUGGUCACUAUCCUGGACGACGGGCUGGAGACUGACCAUCCGGACUUAAUCAACAAUUAUGACCGGAUGGCAUCAUACGACGUGAACUCGCACGACCCGGACCCGCAGCCGCGGUACGACAUGAUCGACUCGAACCGCCACGGCACGCGGUGCGCGGGCGAAGUGGCCGCCACCGCCAACAACUCGCUCUGCGCGGUUGGCGUCGCAUUCGGUGCUAGUGUUGGAGGUGUGCGGAUGCUUGACGGCGACGUGACGGACGCGGUAGAAGCGCGUUCGCUCAGCCUCAACCCCCAGCAUGUCGAUAUCUACAGCGCGUCCUGGGGCCCUGACGACGAUGGAAAGACUGUCGACGGGCCUGGAGAACUGGCUCACCGGGCGUUCCUCGAGGGAGUCACUAAGGGUCGCAGUGGGAAAGGAUCCAUCUUCGUGUGGGCCUCCGGCAACGGCGGGCGCGAGCAUGACAACUGCAACUGCGAUGGCUACACCAACUCCAUUUGGACUCUUUCCAUCUCUUCCGCGACAGAGCGGGGAGAGGUGCCGUGGUACUCCGAGAUGUGCAGUUCCACGCUGGCUGCCACGUACAGCAGUGGCGCGCUAAAUGAGAAACAGGUUGUGACAACAGACCUGCACCAUUCAUGUACCGCGGGCCACACGGGCACGUCGGCGUCUGCGCCGCUCGCGGCCGGCAUCUGCGCGCUCGCGCUGCAAGCCAACCGCGAGCUGACGUGGAGGGACAUGCAGCAUAUCGUGGUUCGUACGGCGCGUCCAGAGCGUCUGAGCGCCGGCGGCGAGUGGCGAGUCAACGGCGUGGGUAGAAACGUGUCACACUCUUUCGGCUAUGGGUUGCUGGACGCUGCGGGCAUGGUCGGAAUGGCGCGUAGCUGGAAGACCGUGCCGCCGCAGCGGACGUGUGAGCUGGUCGCGCCGAAACCGCAGCGUGCUGUCCCGCCUCGCUCCAGCGUAACGUUACAGUUGGACGUGAACGCGUGUCCAGGAGUGAACUACUUGGAGCACGUGCAGGCGAAGGUUUCCCUCUCUGCUGCCAGGAGAGGGGACCUGAAGAUCACGCUUACGUCACCAGCUGGGACUGAGGUCACGUUACUUGCUCCAAGGGCUCACGACUCGUCCCGCGCCGGGUUUACAUCAUGGCCCUUCAUGUCGGUUCACAUGUGGGGCGAGAAUCCCAUCGGUGUCUGGCAGCUCGAGGUGUCCAACGAGGGACGAUAUAUGGGCAGAGCGACGUUACAAGACUGGUCAUUAAUUUUAUACGGCACGACUCAGCCCGCAACCAAAAACGAUCCCAUACCCUUCCGGAACCCUUUAGUGCGCAAAAAGAGCAACGCCACUCGGCCCGUCGUGGUCCAAACGAAGAAAAACAAUAGAGGGAAACCUGUCCCAGUACUUCCCACUUAUACGGUUGGAGUAGUGAAAGGGAAGAGGAAAAAGAAUAAGAACUCCAAGAACUCAAAUAGGAACUCUCAGAAGUCUAAACAGAUACGACCAGCGACGCAAUCAGUUACGGACAGUUCCACGGCGCGAGCAGCGACAUCUUCAGCGCCAGAUUUGAGUUUGAACCUGCAAGGGGAUUUAGGGGAUCCGCUGGCUGACGCCAGAGGGCGCAAGAUGACGAGUCUGUUCGAGCACAAUCCGAAAAUCCAGCUGAUUUAUCCGGCGUCGCUGCAAGCUAACGCGGGCCCGCUCUCCCAAUGGGAGCUCAUCUUCUACGGCACGGAGACGCCGGCCCAAGAAGACGACGUGUCCCUGGACGCGCAGAAGGCCGGGACCUGGAACGCGAGGGACCCUGAACCGGUGGACGAGGUCCGGCAGAACGAUAUAGAGUUCCCGCCGGCUUGGCAUGACUCGCAUUCGAUCCGCGAGGAAGCACCGUCAGACGCGCGUGCCGACGGCGCGGACGCGCUGCGCUCGGGAUGCGCUGCGCGGGCGCCUCCCCCCUCGCACCGCUGCCUAGAAUGCGCGAAGGGUUUGCACUUGUACGAGGGGCGGUGCUUCGCGCGCUGUCCGCCCGGGGCGUACGCCAGCGAGUUACUGCAGGAGCGGAGCUCAAGACGACGUAACCUCACUUAUUUCGAGACGCCCCAGCUCAGGAAAAGACAAGGCACUGACGCUCCUGCAGCGCUGGAAGCUGCCGAUAUGGAAGCUCUUGAUACAACCAAGUCUCCUUUAGUCUGCCUGCCGUGUCACUACACUUGUGCGACGUGCUCGGGCCCGCACAAUAGCCAAUGCCUGUCGUGUUUAGAUGACGCUCGUCUUUUCAAUAUGUCGGAUGUGGAGCCGCGACUCUAUUGUUACCCCAAUACUGUCCUACCGCAAAUCGAUAAUGCGAACUGGCACUACAGACUAAACAUAGCACUAUCUCUGGCCCUGUUCAUUAUUUGCUUCAUAUCGCUAUACUUUUUGACUGUAUGUAUUAUUAAAAAAUGCGGCGCAUAUUGUUGUGGUAGUCACUAUUCAUCUAACUUGGUUAACUCCAAUAUUGCUUACAACAAACUCGCCGUGGACGAGACUCUGCAAAAUGAAGCUGAGAUAGAAGAUGAAAUUCUACAAGCCAUAAAAUAUACCAGUGACAGUGAUUCUGAGGAUAAUUUGAAUUUAUAGCGUCUAGCGAUAUUCCGCUCCGAGUAUUAUGAAUUAGUCGAACAACUGAGUUGUAGAGAGUAGCAAAAAGUGAGAACGCUUUCAGACUAGCGUGUUUUCUGCGAGUAAAAAAGCAAAAUGUGCGCAAUUAUAUUGGCGCAUGUCUUCAUUCGUAAGCGUUUUUCACUAUA